CCGACUAUAGUUUCAUCCAGUUGAUCCUUCCGCUCUAUCGUACAGUGACAUAUUCCCACAUUUAGCACGUACCCACCCGGCGCGAUGGCCAGUGAGCACCCGGGGCUGAUCCCCGCCGUCGCUUCACAGCCUUGCCGAACGUGCGGGACAGUCUCAGAGAAGAGGUAUUCCUGUGUUCAAUGCAACAACCUGUGGUUUUGCGAUGGAUGCUGGAAUGAAUGGGUUCUUCAUGUGCCAGGUGCCGUUGGAUGGGGAGGAAGACCACACGAAAAGGCAAAUCCAGAGGUUGUUUAUCGCCUACGCCAGAUUUUCGAGCCAGUACGAAGUGAAGCAGAUCAUGAACAGGAACUGUUGGACGACGAGGAAACCGCUUGGUUCGGUUAUGGUCGUGACUCCGUGGGCCACCCCGUCUUCCAGGAUUAUGGCAGAUUUGCGGCGGUGAUGGGUGAAAGUCAUGCAAGAGAGGUCGCGAUGGAGCGAUACCCGCAACUUGUGACGUUUAUAGGCGAAACGGGUGCCGGCAAAAGCUCCUUGGUCAAAAUGCUUAUCGAUCGACAGGACAUAGGUUCGGCAGUGGGCGGCUAUUAUCGCACGCCAGUGACUUCUUCUGGUUAUGAUCGAUUACCAACGACAGGGGAUGUGCAUCUCUAUCCAGAGCCUUCAACUUACUACAGUGACACUCCUCUGUUGUUGGCCGAUUGUGAAGGCUUGAACGGAGGCGAAAUGUUGCCAAAGGCAUUACGCUACCAAACGGAUGAGCAGGGUUCUAUGGACACGUUUGGAGCGAUUCCAAAGGCUCGCAUCGAGGAGGUGAAGAAUAGAAAGAUGAGAAAAAGCUCCCCGCGACAGAUUGUCUGGGCAGAUAACCCUCAGAAUCAGAAGAGAGAAUAUGCUGUUUCCGUUCUUUAUCCACGCAUACUCUACUCAUUCAGCGACGUCGUGGUGUUUGUGCUUCGCAAUCCUCGUGCAUUCGAGUCAGUAGUGUUGGAGAAGCUGGUUAGAUGGGGUGCCGAGUCGAUCGACAAAUCAUUGAAUCAACCCGUACUACCCCAUGCUGUGAUCGUCUUUAACGCCAGUGAAUUUGUCGACGAUAGAGAGUGGGACCCAGAAACGGCUACUGCUAUGCUGAUGCAGGAUAUCAAGGGCGCCAUAUUCCGUGAACCUGCCUUGAAACCAUUCGUCCAAUCUUGGAUCGAUCGUGGAAGGUCUAUCAGUACAACGGAGGAACUGCUACAGUGCUACUAUGCUUCGGUCACGGUCAUGCGAUUCCCUUCGAGAGGGCAGUAUAUGCUCAUGGAUCAGCAGGCUGGCAGGAUGACUGACUUGAUCAAACAAAGGUGCGCCGCAUCCCACCUCCAGAAGCGACAAGUGAGGAUGUUGGCGAACGCAGAAAGGUUGCAAGUAUACCUCCAAGCGGCCUUCGAUCACUUUACCCGAGAUCUGAGUACUCCCUUCGACUUCGUCAAAGAGGCUUUGAAAUAUAGCCCAUCGCCAAGGGAUUUUGGGGGCAACAUUCUCAGUCUUGCUGUUGCGAUCAAGGAACGUGCUACUGACGAGGCAGUCCGUAACAAUGCUCAGGAGAUAUUUCAUAGGCUGGGGCCGAUGAUUGCUACCUGUGUGAUGUUUGACGCAGUGCGACAAAGUUUGAUGGGAACUGCUGCUCAGUUGUUGGACGAUGCCUAUGCUGAGCCAUGCAUAGCUGCGCUACAUCGUUUUGCAGAUAUGCAUUGGCCGUGCGCUUAUCGAAGAGGCAACUCAAUGAGAGAAGAAGACAAGUGUUGCAACGUCAAGAUUGGCCACAACCCGAAAGGUCACCAAAACUCCCGCGGCUCUAUCAUCGGACAUGGCAGCUACCAAUCAAGUUUUGAUGCAACCAGAUUUGGAGGUGACUGGUCGCAGGUGAUACGGGAAAACUUAUUGAACCUGCAAAAUUCUGUGUUUAACUUGGGACAGAGUUCACCCGGCCGGACAGAAUUGCAAGUUGCAGGAAUGAUACAUCGAGAACGUAUCAAUGAGUUCUACAAGUCAAUCGGUAAUGCCUCGGACUUCGUCAGUCAUGUGGCUUGUUUUUCUUGUCUUCGCGAACUGCCCGAAUGCGCUCUUCCUUGCGGCCACAUUUUGUGCCUGCCGUGUGUCAAGACGUAUGGAAAGAAGACUUCAAAAACCACGAUCGAGAUAUCAAGGUGCCCCUUGCACGUCCAAGACGUAAUUGCUGACCCACCGUGGGUCAUACCGGUCAAACCAGCACGGGCAGGAGUUCGUAUAUUAUGUUUGGAUGGUGGUGGUGUGCGGAGUAUUGUUGAGCUACAAGUGCUCAAAGCUAUCAAGAAGGUUCUUGGACCAAAGCUGCCACUGCAGUUGUUCUUUGAUCUCAUUGUUGGCAGCGGUACUGGAGGCACAAUCGCACUUGGACUGUCUGUUAAGAACUGGUCGGUCGAGGAAUGUAUCAAACGUUUCAAAGAGCUCUCUUCGGAUGCGUUCUCGCCUCGAGAGCUUACUGGAAUACCCAUGUUGGAGAAUCUGGCUGUCUUCUACCAUGGCAGUAUUUAUAAGACGAGGCCGUUUGAAAGGGGCUUGAAGAUGAUGUUUCAGGAUCAGCCUCUUUUUGGUGGCGCAACUUUACAGCGGGAAACACCUGCGAAGGUGGCAGUUCUGGGUACAACUACCUUGGACCAAAGAUCCGUCGUUUUCGCCAACUACAACCGUCAAGACCAGCCAGAAGAGAGUCUUCCUUACCGCUUCUUACGUACAAGUGUGCCUGGCGAUGACAUAAAGGUCUGGGAAGCUGCCAGGGCAGUAUCUGCUCAGCCUCCGCUGUUCAAGCCAUUCCAAAAGCCUGAGACGAAGAUAUUUUAUACAGGCACUUCAACAAGCUAUAACUGCCCAGCCCUCAUAGCAGAUUAUGAAUCGAGCAUGAUAUGGAGUGACAUGAAGGACGCACCAGCAGAUGUUCUGCUCUCCAUUGGUUCCGGGAAGAACAUCAAAGACAAUACCCCGGCUCAGCUUUCUCCUGUAGCUUCAACCCUGAACAAUGUAACCCGGCGGAAUACUCUGAACACUUCGAGACCUCUGCGUCCAAGCGCAACUGUCAAUAAGCUUGAUGACUACUCGAGUAACGAUAAGGUCUGGGAUAGAUUCAUCCGGUCGAAAUCCCUUCCAAAAUCUUUCAUUUCAACAGAAGAAAUACGACAGCGAUAUAUUCGCAUCAACCCCGCAUUGGACAUGAAGAUACCAAAGCUUGAUGCCGCUCGGAAAGUAUACGAGUUGGAGCGAGAGGCGCGAGAAGUUCUCCAAUCGAAUGUUGGCAUCGUUAAAGAAGCUGCACACAGACUCAUCGCGAGCUCAUUCUUUUUCGAAAAGACACCCGGGUCUGUAAAGCAGACAGCAUUAUAUGGAUACGAGUGCUCGGGCACGAUUCACUGUAGAUUUCCGUUCGGAUCCGACGAAAUGAAAGCAUUGGGCGAGUUCCUUCGCUCAACAUUUCGUGGGGAGUUUGAGCCCUACUUUCUCCUAGAGGAGGAGGUACCUCGAUCAGCUCCAUUGCGAAUUCCUUUAGAAGAGGGUGCGGUUCACGAUAUGUGCCAUCGCGGGCACUUCGAAAUCGAACCCCUCUACAUUCAGGUCCAGCGCGAACUAGCCACCACGAAAGUGUCCCUUUGUCUUCAAGGCGAGCCGUACCCUUCAGGGGUAACUGUUCUUCCGAUAAGCGGGUUUCCGCGCCAACUCAUCAGUGAGGACAAAGCGGAUCGCAAAGGUAAAUUGUGCCCUCUAUUCUUGAGUCCAACUUAUCCAGUGACUCUCCCAGAUCUGAUGGAUCUCAAGACUGAGUUAGUAACCGGAGAAUAUAGUUCCCUCGUACACCUACCACCGACCGUCCACAGCUAUCAGCGCCACAGCGGUGGGCGGCACCUCUAAUCCGAUCUUGCCAAUAGGCCCACCACUGAAGGCAAGCUCGUCGUCCCCCGAAGUCGGCCUUAGCCCGAUCAGUCUAGAAUCCACUUUCAAAGGCCUCACAUUGAAGGGUUUCGAGUCUUUUGAUGUACAGCCCGCGGAGUUGUCGCCGGACACUAUCCACAUGAGGGUCGAACUGCCCACCGGGACCGAUGAGAUACCAAGACCGAUGCUAGCAGAGCUCGACGGCACUUCGAUACCAAGAACGCAAGAAUAGGAUGCAGGAUAUUGGCAAUAACUGUACAGGCAGCAGGUAGCCCUCCUGCUUCAUGGCCUUGCUUUGCAUAGAUUGAAGACACACCGGACAGUUGCAUUGAAGGGCAUUUGGACUAGAUUGGUCUGCAAAAAUUUCAAGAUUCCCUGUAUAUUAUAGUUUGUAGCUGCGUACAAUUCAACGAUGUCAUCCCGUCA